AUGUCAUCCAGAUCUGACAGCACAAGAGGCUAUGAAACUAGUGACCAGUUGUCCAGUCGUUCAGCUUUCUCACCAGUCCCAGAGUCUAGUGAGACUGAAGCUGAAGGCUUGAUAUUUUAUCAUAUGGAUCUUUAUGGAUCAAAGGAUAGGUUUGAUAUCUUUCCUGAAGAGCUGUCUAGUCAAGGAGACAUAUCUCUGGGGGAUACAAGAAGGGAAUCUGCACUGAGUAGCGAAAAAGUUCAGCACUCACAAGAAGCUGGCUAUGACUUGGAAAAGGAGGUUGCAGAGCUGGCUAAGAUGUAUGGACUUGAUGAGGAUAGAGAAAAGGAGCUUGAGCUUCUUGGAGGACGUCUGGACACAGUGGAGAGCAGAUGGCCAUCUGCUCGCACAGGAAAAGCAGCUUCACAAGGCUCCAUGUAUAAUGCAUCAAAAAGCAGCUCUCCAGUGAAAGAUGAAAGUCAAAACACAAAGCAACAGGAACUUCCUGGUGAGGCUUCUCAAGAUGAAGAGGAGAGCAAAGCUAGAGCAGAGAAUGAGGCUGACAGCCACAUAUGGUCCAGAGAGGGGCUUAGCAGCGGUGGCACGUCAGAUGAGUGGGGCAGUCAGGCUGUCAGUGAGGAGGAGGAGGAAGCAGCAUAUGUUUUUUGUUCUACCUGCAAGAUGCCAAUCCGAGCCUUUGACAAACUGUUUGGAGAGCACAAGGAUCACGAGGUGGCUCAGCUCCCCAGUGCUCUGGAGAGUGAAAAGGAGGAGAUUCAUAAAAACAUGUGCAAGCUGGAAGAGCAGAUUGCCCAGAUGGAAAACUUUGCCAGUCACUUGGAGGAAAUUUUCAUCACUGUAGAGGAAAACUUUGGGAGGCAGGAGCAGAACUUCGAGGUGCAUUACAACGAUGCAAUGCAAGUGCUUGCUCAGAAGUAUGAAGAACAAUUGGAAGCACUGGGGGAAGAGAAGAGGCAGAAGCUGGAAGCUUUAUAUGAGCAGCUGGUCAGUUGUGGGGAACAACUUGACACCUGCAAGGAGCUGACAGACACAACCCAGGAGCUUUGCCUGGAAAAUGACAAAGCCAAUUUUAUGAAGGCAGCAGUAACCAUGGUUGACAGACUGGAAGAAUUCUUAAAGAAAGAAGUGGAUUUAAAGCUUUCAACACCACCAGACUUUGAAGCACGGGUCAUAGAUUUCUCUGAAGUUGAACAACUAAUGAACUCCAUUAAUACUAUUCCAGCUCCUUGUGCCCCUGUGAUGAAUCCCCAAGCUCCCAAUGCAGCAACUGGCACCUCACUGAGAGUUUGCUGGGGCCUCUUCUCAGAUGACACUGUCGAGUACUACCAGCUGUGCUAUAAACCAGUGAGCAAUGAGCAGCAGGGUUAUGAACAAGCAGAGCAUACACUGAAAGUCAAAGAAACAUACUGCACCAUUACUAAUCUGUUGCCAAAUACACAGUAUGAAUUUUGGGUCAGUGCUUUAAAUGCCUCUGGUAUCAGUCCACCAAGUGAAAGAGCAGUUUAUGUAACAGCUCCUUCACCACCUACCAUAAAGAAUAAAAAGAUCCAAAGCUGUGAAAACGCAGCACUGGUGUGCUGGGAAUCUGGAGACAUUAACCCUGUUGAUUCCUACACGGUUGAAUUGUCCAAGCUGACAGAUGAAGAAAAUGGGGAUAUUAUUACUGAGUCUAUUGUUGGGAUUCCUAACUGUGAAGUCCUCAUUCACCUCCAGCCAAGACAAAACUAUCGCAUCUGUGUUAGAGCCCUAAACCUGGGUGGUUCCAGUGACAGAAGUGAACCUCUCCUAAUACACACCACAGGCACCUACUUCUGCCUUAAUGAGGACACAGCCCAUCCUUUACUGGCUAUUCUGGAUGAUGGAUUUACAAUUGCAUGCGAUGAACUGGAAAACCUGGAUUGUGAUCUGCCUGUCUAUGAUAACAGCUUUACAAGGUGUAUUGGGAUCCUGGGCAGUCUGAUCCCUUUUCCAGGAAAGCAUUACUGGGAGGUGGAAACUGAGGAAGAAACAGAGUACAGGAUUGGCGUGGCUUUUGAAAAUACUCCGAGACACGGUUACCUGGGGGCAAACAACUCCUCCUGGUGCAUGAGGCAUAUCAUCACACCAUCGAGGCACAAGUACGAAUUCCUGCACAGUGGGAUGACACCAGACAUCAGAAUUACUGUUCCCCCUAGAAGGCUUGGAAUCCUGCUGGACUAUGAGAACUGCAGAUUGUCAUUUUUCAAUGCAGCUAUUGCCCAGCACCUUUACACAUUCAACUCGUGCUUCCAGCAUUACGUCCACCCCUGCUUUGCUUUGGAAACACCUGGUAUCCUACGGAUACAUACUGGAAUUGCAAUACCUCCGUGGACUGCCCUCCCAUAA